UUAACAUGCUGCCUGGCAGGUGCAUACCAGGGCAAAUUCGGUUAUGGUAGGUGUCGCGCGAUGAUUACGUCAUGCCGAAAGCGCCAGAAAGCCGUCUUUUCCACGCUGUUUACCAAGAGGAGUGGUUUAUGUGAUUUUAACUGUACUUGCGUGCCUUGUUUGUCAUAAAUUAUGGAGAAUAAGAGCUCAGCCUGCGUUGGGAAGAAGCAAAAGCCCACGAAAAUGAAGGAUGGUGUCGACCCUGUCAAAAACUUCGAGAAAUGGAAGAAAAGAUACAACAAGACCAAAGCACGAGUAAAGCGAGAGAGAGCACAGAAGAAGCCCGAGUGGCAGGUCGAACGGGAAUACAUAGACGGGCUUGUCAGCAGGUACACUGACAUCAACACCACAGAGGUUGUGAAGUUUUCAGACUUUCCGAUUUCAAAGAAGACAUUGUUAGGUUUGCAGGAGGCUCAGUACAGACAGCCCACAGAGAUCCAGAAACAGACCAUCGGCUUCGCUUUGCAAGGUAAAGAUGUCCUUGGCGCGGCUAAAACUGGCUCUGGGAAGACUUUAGCUUUCCUCAUACCUGUGCUGGAAUGUCUGUAUCGACAACAGUGGAGCUCCAUGGACGGUCUCGGUGCACUCAUCAUAUCCCCCACCAGAGAACUCGCCUACCAGACCUUUGAAGUUCUGCGCAAAGUGGGAAAGAACCAUGAGAUCUCUGCGGGGCUCAUCAUCGGUGGGAAGGAUCUGAAAAGCGAGUCGGAGAGGAUCCACCGUACCAACAUCGUCAUCUGUACCCCCGGCCGGCUGCUCCAGCACAUGGACGAGACGGCCACCUUCCACGCCUCCAACCUCCACAUGCUAGUCCUGGACGAGGCGGACCGCAUUCUGGACAUGGGCUUCGCAGAUACAUUAAACGCCAUCGUGGAGAACCUUCCCAAGACAAGACAGACGUUGCUGUUCUCUGCCACUCAGACCAAGUCAGUCAAAGACCUGGCCCGGCUCAGCCUAAAAGACCCAGAGUAUGUGUGGGUCCACGAGAAGGCCAAGUUCAGCACGCCGGCCACCCUGGAGCAGAGUUAUAUAGUGUGUGAGCUCCACCAGAAAGUCAACAUGCUCUACUCCUUCAUCAGGAGCCACCUGAAGAAGAAGGUCAUAGUCUUUUUUGCAUGUUGCAAGGAGGUGCAGUACCUAUUCCGGGCCUUCUGCCGCCUCAGACCCGGGAUGCCUAUCCUGGCUUUGCAUGGCAAGCAGCAGCAGAUGAAGAGGGUAGAGGUCUACAAUGACUUCCUCAGAAAGCAGAACGCUGUGCUGUUUGCCACUGACAUCGCCGCCAGAGGCCUGGACUUCCCUGCUGUCAACUGGGUGCUGCAGUUCGACUGUCCAGAGGAUGCAGACACCUAUAUCCACAGGGUGGGUCGCACUGCCAGGUACAAGGAGGGUGGAGAGGCCCUGUUGCUGCUGCUUCCCACAGAAGAGAAGGGCAUGGUCAGCCAGCUGCAGGACAAAAAGGUCCCCAUCAAUAAGAUCCAGGUGAAUCCAGACAAAUUGCAGAGUGUCCAGCAGAAGCUAGACGCCUUCCUGGCCCAGGAGAAGUUGCAGAAGGCGAGAGCCCAAAGGUGUUUUGUUUCCUACCUGCGCUCCAUCUACUUGAUGAAGAACAAAGAGGUGUUUGAUGUCUUUAAACUCCAGAUUCAGGAGUAUGCUGUCUCUCUGGGCCUUGCUGUGGCUCCCAGGGUGCGCUUCUUAAAUAAAGCCCAGGCACAGAGAGCUGGGAGAGGCAGGCAGAGGGAGGAGGAGCAGUCUGAAGAAGAAGAAGAGCUGAAGAGUUUUAAGGCCCAGCUGAGAGGAAACUCUCCUCGUGAGGAAGGUCAGAGCUCAGAGUCAGAAGAGUCAGGUGAGGGUGAGGAGAGUGGGGAUGAACACGAUGCGGCUCAGUCCAGGACAUUGCUUCUGGGUGCAGGUGAAAACAACGAGGAUGAUGAUGAUGAUCUAAAAGACUUGGAUCUGCUGACAGUCAAAACAAAGGAUGUCUUCAAUCUGAUAGGACGCCAGGAGAGUGUGGAGGAACCUGUGGAGGAACCUGCCAAGGGCUCCAAAAAGAAAAUGGAAAAAGAGACGAGGUUCAGAGAGGCCAAAAAGGUCCGGAAGAGAAACUUCCAAGUUAACACCAAAGUGAUUUUCAAUGAAGAAGGAGCGGCUGUGCAGCUGUGGCCGCCAGUUCAACAGGCAGUGACUGGUGAACCGGAGGAAGAGGAGGAGGCUUCAGGUAUCAACAUGGAGAAGGCCAGGGAGAGGCUUAAACGUGAGGACCAGGAGUUUGACAAGGAGGAGUACAGCCGCAAAGUGAAAGCCAAGCACAGAGAGAAGAGGCUGAAGGAGAGGGCAGCCAGGAGGGAGGCCAGCAAGCAGCAUGGACAGAAACCUGACGAGGAGGGCGAGGAUGAGGUGGUGGUGUACCUGGCCAAUCACAGUGACGACGAGUUCGACCCCUGCACCCUGCCAGACCCUGACAGACUGUGCACCGAUGAGGAGGAGGAGGAUCAAAUAAGGUCAUCUAAACGGAAGCCUGGCGGUGAAAGCAGUGAUGAGGAGGAGGAGGAGCAGCGCACAGCAGGGAAGAGGAAGAAAGCGAGGCAGCAGGAUGAAGAGCACACAGUUCUGGACACUGGUCUCUCCCUGGCUGAAGAUGAAGAGUUGGUCUUACAUCUGCUGGGAGGACAGAGGUAGAGCCAACACAGGAGGCAGGGCUUUAGGGAGGGUUUGCAGACAUUAUGGACUCAUCAGUUAAAUAAGGAUUUAACAGUAAAGCCAGUAGUUAAAUGAGCAAAUGUCCCAGCACUGAACCUGUGUCCCAGUUUAAAGCCAGUUGUUUAGUCUGCAGUGGACUUGCAUGGAC